GAAGUUUGCUCGUGCAAUCCGCCAUGACAGCUGAUUUAUUCUGGUUGACGUGAGGAGUCAUGUCAUGUAGAAAAUUCAACUACAAAUGGAAGAUUCAUUUUUUGGCUUCAACACGUCUCUGCCGGGUUUGUUAGAUGAAGAGUUGCAUGAUGAACCCGGUCAGGGCUUGGAUGAGGAGGAGGAGGAAGAAUAUGAUGCAUUGAAUGAUGAAACUUUUGGAACUGAUGCUGUGGAGGGUGAUUGGGAAGAGGAUCAUGAAAAGCUUGCUGAAAUAACAGAGCAGUCAAGAGCUCGUUGUGGUAGCUAUGGAAAUGAUGGAGCAGAGCGUUCUGAUGAGGCUGAACAUGACACAGGGCUUGAAUUAGAAGCUAGCCUUGCCCAGUUAGUGCUGGAAGAUUAUGAGGAUGAUGUGAUAGUGGAAAAUGGAACUAUAGGAGGCAAGCUUCAGAAUCAUAGGCAAGAGUCUAUUACAACAGCAGAGAAUUACAGUAGUUCAGCACCAUCUGGAUAUUCUGUAUGGACACCGACCAAACAUGAAAAUCAUCUACAAAGCACACAUCCUAUUACUCCUAGUAUACUUCCUGGAAAAAAUGUGGUAUCUGUGGAGGAACUGGAACGAGGUUUACUCUCCCAGCAGCACAAUCAGCAUAGCCAAGCACUGAAGCAACAACCUCCCUUAAUAGUUCCACCACCUCCUGGCCUUGGUCCCCCUGCUCCAAGCAGUGUGCUGAGGUUGGAAGAUGUGGAGAGGGACUUGACAGCCAAUGCAAGCCUGCCAGUUCAUUUGAGUCGUGGACAGACACAAAUUGUUCAACAUCCAGAUAUGGUCUUACUUCGGAACACCCAGAAUGCAGCAGCUGUGGCUUCUUUGGGUAGAGGACAUUUUCCUGGGCGGCUUCCCCCACCACCAAAGGCCCAAGUGUUGCCUUUGGGUCGUGGUCAAGUCAUGCUUCCUGGUGGACGUCUGGUAGGACCUUCAGGUGUUCAUCCUGGUUUACCUGGAAUUCCAGAUCUUCGCCAACUGCCUCAACAAAACCAUAGACUAAUGGGUUCUGCCCCGAAUUUGCUGCGUUUCAUUCCACCUCACCUGAUGGUACCUCCAGGUCAGGGUCAAGGAGGCAAAGGAAUUCCACACCCAGCUGGCUUUCCUGGCGACAAUGGCCUUCUGUUUCCCAAUCACCCCUUGGGACAUUUCCGCCCAGGUAUUCCGCAUGUUGAUCAACAUAGGCCAGGUGGGCAAGGUUUGUAUGGUCCUCGGCAAGAUCGCCAGGGGGCAUACUUCAGCAAUAACCGUAAUGGUGGGCCUAAUACUAAUUACCAGCAUCCAAAUCGUGGUGCUCCUCAUCAUCAUCAUUAUAAUCAUAGUAAUCGAGGUGGAUAUCAGAGUAAUCAAGAAUAUGAUGAAUAUGCUGGGCUAAUGACUACACGUGAAAAGCAUUGGUUAUUGAAUAUUCAAAUUCUGCAGCUGAAUACAGAUAGGCCUCAUAUUGAUGAUUACUACUACACCGUUUUCCAGUCUCGGCAGCCUAAAAGCGAGCAAGAUAGAGAGAGAGAUCGUAAACGAGAUGUCCAUAGGGAAAGAAGGGACAGUUUUAGAGAUCGAGAACCUAGGCAGGAUAGUCAACCUAGAGUUUAUACACCAGCUCAGUUUGAGAACUCUUUAGGGAAAUUGCAGAUUGGUAGUGUGACAGCUCCAAGAAAAAUAAUUGACAUGGAUGUUGUCUCAACUGAAGGCUUAGAUACUGUGCCAACUUCUAAUCAGCGGGAUACUAAAAGAGCAAAGCAAGUGUUAUUAGAAAUUGAAAGGUUAUAUUUGUUGCUGCUACAAAUAGAAGAUUUAUCUAGUACUUUGCCUGGUGUUCGAGAAUCAGUUACUGAAGAAAAACCAGUUCUCAUACAGAGAAUAAUGACUUCUUUAAUACAGGAGGAUCGUAUAAUUUCUGUAAUGUCUAUUAGAAAAGGAAAGAUGCUGAUUCUGCGACUCUUGCCACACCUUCCUGCCACAGAUAAUGGACCUCCUCAAAUACUUACCUUAUGGAGUCGCCUUUUAAGAGGUUUGGUUACAAUUGGACGCAGAGAUCAGGGUUCAGAUGCUGUACUGCCAAGGUUUCAUCCUUACUUUCACAAUUGGGUGACUACCUUGCCCUUCGCACCUCUUUUACAACUUGUAUGUAGCAUGUUACCUGCUCAGGGAGAAGGCAAUACUUCUACUCCUACACCAACUCGAACUACAUCUCCUGUGGGAAGAAAUGUUUUAAGCUAUGCCUUUAGCAACAAAUUUGGUGUAUCAGCUCUUGCCAGCAUGUUGAGUCGUGCAGAGGCUCUAUUUCCCACAUUAGACAGCAGUCAGCAGCAAGACUGGAAAGGAUUUUUGAGCAGCCUAUUUGAAACAGCUGCACAUGUUGCCUCUCCUGAAUCCCUGCCGGCUCCUCUGGAACCUCUCAGCACAACAUUGGCCAGUCAGCACUUCGAACGGCAUGAGUGUGUGCACAUAGAACGAUAUGCUCUUCUUGAACGCAUAUUUACUCGUAGAGACUCCGUUGCCACUGCAGGAGAUAAGAGCAACGAAAAUCUGGCUUAACGAGUGGUCUUUAUCAAAUUGCUGGAUCAGAAAUGGUCGUAUUUUAACAGUAAGAGUCAAAUGCUGUAAAUAUUGCAGAUAUUUUUACUCCACUGUUGACAGGAUACGCUGUACAGAAAUGUACACUUUAUUUGAUGACCUGAUAUGGCUCCAUUGUAUAAAUUCAUCUAAAUGCAUCAACUGCCUAAGACUAGUAGUUUCCAAUCUAGAAAGUACUUCGUUAUACAUGCUGGUAUCCAGAUGUUUUGUGUUAAUAUGGUUUACUUUCAUUACUCCAGAAAUAUAUGUGUAUAAAAUUAUUAUGGACAUGCAAACGCUUGCACUCUUGUGCAUUUAUUUUUAUUCCCUUGUUCACAUUACAUUGCGUUAGUGCAUGCAUUUUAAAACAUUAAUGUUCUUGUCCUGAUAAAAUAAAAUGGAGAUCAUCCAGAGUUAGUGUGAUUAGAAUAUCCAAAUUCUUAAAUUGGAAAAUUUCUAGUUCUUGAACGUGAUAUUGCAUUGCACCUUGUUGGCUUGAAAGUGAACAAAACAAUCAUUGUUUCUUUAAUAUUCUUUUUAAAAGUAAAAUACUAAAGUACUUUGUGCCCUUAGUUAAUGUGAUUACAAUUUAGUAAUGUUUUUAAGAUUACUGCAGGAAAAACUUGUUCUUCUUAAAGAUAUUUUACAAUGCAGUGACAAUCUCCAGUACACAUGUAUUUCUAGUUUUCAUAAUGAUUCUUAAACCAUACCAAAACUAUAUACUUGCUGUUAGUCAGAAUUGUUUUGAUGUUCUCAUUUAAAAAAAUUAAUUAACUCUUUCCUAUUGUUAUGAAAGCCUGGGUAUUGAAGGUGAAUGAUGUUACAUUUGGUUUUUUUUUGAUAAUCUGAAUGUGCCCUCAUGUUUGUUGUGAAUGUUCUAUACAGUUUAUAAUGAGAUCAAGAGUAGAGAAUAGGCACUUUUGAAGUUGCUGAAAUUAAAAAACGGACAUUUGAAUGGGAAAUUAUGGUUGGUUGUGCAUGGUAGCCAGUUGUGCGUGUGUGUGAUCUGUAAGAUUCUGUAUAGCAAGAAGAUCUGGUAUUUUACAAUUUAAUAAUAUUAUUACUCUGCAGUUUUUAUUAUAUCCUGCAUUUCAUGUGAAGCCCAUGUUUGUAGGACUAGAGAAAAUUAUUAUUUUACUAUGUAAACUAUUUACUUCACUGGAUAGGGAUAUAUUUUUUUUCAUCUCAAAGCUUGGCAUGACCCAUAAGCUUAUUAAUGAGAUAGAUGUUAAUUUCGAAUUAUUGGAUAUGUGGAAAAUGUACAUUUAGUUUGAUUUAAUAUUGCUCAGUGACAAUGUAGCAAGAACUCUUCAAAAUAACUUCACAAAUUUGUAAUUAUAAUUAAUAGAAAUGCAAUUUAUCUGCAAAUGCUUGUUUAUUAUAGUACAAUUCCAGUGUAUCAUUGUAAUUUAACCUUUCAGUUUUUUGUUUCUUCAGUGUUAUUAAAAUUUUUGUUUGUUUCAAUGAAUUCUUAAAAGAAUAUGCCUAAUGAUUGUUCAAAUAUGAGAAAUAUUUGUUCUUAAAAGUUUGUUGUCAAUAGAAGUGAAUUAUUUAUUUUUCAACAAUGAUAAGAUAUAACUCGAUGGUUUUUUUUCAUUUACUGUUCUAUACCUACUGAAGAGAACAUUGUUUUCUGACUUUGAUCCUAGAUUAAUUCAUAAUAGGUUUAAAUACUUCCUUGACUACCUUAUGACAAUUUUCCUUUUUCACUUAAUGUAUUUUUUUAAUUUUUAAUUUCUUUUUAAAACAUUUUUUUUCAUCCUUGUGACAGGACCAGAAACAUCCUGCCCUUUCAAACAGCAUUGUAAUUUCACUGCGUUCAUGUAUAAAUAAAAAUGAAAUAAUUUUUUAUUUAUUUGUUUUUAUAAAAUUGAAAUGUGCAUUUAGUAUGACUAUAGUAUUUGGCACUAUCAAAAUGAUGUUAAUUCUUGUGCUUCCUAUGAAUCAUCACUUAACAGAUUUGGCUGUGUUGUGGGGUAAUAAAGACAUUUUACCUACAAUGUUGCUUAAUGUAAGGACCAGAUUUAAACAUGCAAUACUCGUAAAACUGCUGUAUUGUUUGCAGAGGCAUGUCAACAAUCUAAUGAACACCAAUGUUUUUGCUUGUGAAGGAAAAUGGCAGAUGCCUUUCGGUGUGGAAAGUCAGCUUGAAUUGUGUAUUUAGAAUCAACUAUUCAAAAUUAUUUUUAAAGAAUUGUACAUCACUCUUAAAAUUUACGUACUUGCUAUUAAAAAUUCAUGUUAAAUAGGUACCCUUCUGUAGUAUUGUCAUGAGAUUGGCAUUAUGAACUACUGUACUUCAUAAUCUUGGCUGCCUGUGUUCUGGAAGACCUUUUACUGAGUGGAAGAAUUUUUAUACUUUUCAGAUAAUACCUAAAUAUUUUUAAACUAACACUAAUAUUCAUUAUUUUUAAUAUACAUAAUAACCCAAGUUGAAUUCCUUAUGUGCAUAUCAUAGUGAUAUCUGAUUUACUUCUCUUUAUUAUGAAAUUGAAUCUGCAAAAAAUACAUUUUACUAUUAGAUGAGUUCUACUUCUGUCAAAAUCAAUCUAUUCACUUUUUGCUUGAUUGUGUUACACCUGCUGAAAUCCCUGAAAUUGAAACUAGAGAAAGGUUUUAUCAGAAGGCAUUCAGAGAGAUGAAUUGGUUUGUAUUAAAACCUGAACUUCUUCAGUAUUUUGUUUAAAUUAUAUAGAGACAUUGACUUUAUUAAUUAUUAUUUAAUGUUGGGAAAUGGCAGUCCUCAUUCCAAAAAGUAAAACUUGCUGAAAAUUGCUAAAAUUUAGAUAGCAUUUAUUUUUUUGUAAUCGGGCAAUUUUUUUAACGUUAUUGUCAAAAUUAGUUUUAAUAUUUAUGUAUUUAUUCAUUCUAAAAGUUGCUAUUAAAACCAUUGAUAAGUGCCUAUAGUGGAAAAAAUUUAUUUGAAUCAUUAGAACAUCUGUGAUGCAUUAAGUGAGAUUUUAUAUAAGAAUGAAUUCCUUUUUUGUUUUUACUGUUUAUUUAAUUUAUUUUUCGAAGUAUUUUAUCUUCAAAUUGGUGAUUUUGGGGAAGGGGGGGGGGAUAUUCCAAAAUAUGAACAUGCAACUGUAAGUACAUGUUUUUUCAGGUGUAUAAUUGCUAUUCACAGCACAAUAUACACAAGUUAAAUUUCAAGACUACUAAUCUAUCUUAACUGUGAAUAUGUAUCUUGUCUUGUUUAAUUUAGGAAAUGAAUUUUCAAAAGUUAAUAGUUUUUAUUCAAAGGACUUGUGUAAGACAAUUUGUGUUGGGUAAUUAAGAAUUUUUUUCUGUUUUGAAACUAUUCAUAUCAGCAAUAAAUAUUCUAUGUGAAGUUUUGGGUUCAGUGCUUUGUGAAUAUUUAACUGAAAUUUUGAGUUGUGAUAUUAGAAAAAUGUGACAGUGGAAAUGUACUCAUUAUAAAUGAAUUAUUGAUGAUACUAUUGUCAACCAAUUAUAUUGUGUGUCAAAACAUUUCUGCAUGAAAUGAAGGAUAUUCAUUAGAUUUUUGUUACUUGUAAUCAUGUUAUUAAAAAAAGAAAUAUUGGUGUUAAAGGCAUCUAUAUUUAAGCUAAUGACUUCAGUAUUUUUGUACUUGUAGAUUUAUGAUUUUAUUGACUAAAAUUAUACAAAUAUAUGUGGAUUUUACAGCAUACUGUGAUGUACUAGGAAAAAUGUUAUGUACAAAAUUUACAAGACUUUGUUCUCAUUGAUGUUCCAUACUAUCAAAUGUAUAUACUAUAAAUCAGCAAUCAAUGUGUGUCCUGUUUAUUUGAAAGCUAGGUUGACUGAAAUAAAUGGACUGUCCAGUUUUUGGUUGUUUAGAAUUUUUUUGCAAAUACAAUAUUGAAAUGUGUUCUUAAUAUUUUUAAUCUUAAAAAUUAACAAAAAGAAAAAAAAGUAACAUAAAAUAAAAAAUUGGGAAAUAUUUAAUUUGGCGCAAAAGAAAAUUUAGAAUUAUGACUUUGAGGGAAAAAUACUACUACUAUUACGAACAGGUUCUAUUAUGAAAUAAUUGACUUUAUUAACUAAGCAGCAAUCUCCUGAAGUUCUCCUAAUAAAAAAGUGUCUAAACAACAAAAGCCCAUAUUUAAUGUAUUGAAAAUUGAGAAGGAUAAAUGAAAAUAGCUCUGCCAGUAAAUUUAGUGUAUUUUCCUCUAUCCUUACAGUUUAAAAGAACAAAUUAAUAUGCUUAGUCAACAACUUGAACCACAACGCUUGAGCUUAU